AUGGCAACCAUGCACGCCCAAAGCCAAUCGCCCUUCUUUCGACUACCAGGAGAGAUCCGCGAGAAGAUUCAGAGGUUAUGCAUCAUGUGCCGCGAGGACAUAGACUUUGAAAAUCUGAGCCCAACAGAAUAUCCUGAAGUUCUUUUCAGACCGUCAUCCCACGAAACGCCCUCUCUGCCUGCGAUUAUGUCCACCUGCAAGAAGAUGCACUCGGAAAUGAGUCCCUUCGCAUUUACCGAACUGAUUGUACACGAGCAACACCAUCUCAAUUCACGCAUCAGCCUCAUAUGCCAUGGACACCUACGUUGGGAGCGCAUCCUCCGCAUCUCACUCAUUGUUGGGAGCGCACACCGCGACAUGACCUCGCCCCUGUGGAGUAGAUUCCUGGGCGAUAUCCUAAAGCGCAGCUGCAACAUUGAGCAUCUCGACCUGGAGCUCAACAAGAACGAAUUUCGUCAAGAACUCGAGGAAGCUAUAGCGAUGGAGGAGCGGGCGCAACGAGAUGGCAGUUUAAACGGCGAAAACGCGGAACUUACUUCAGAGGCUUACUCACAGCCGUCCUGGCUGGAGGGCAUUUCUCGACAAUCCAGCUUGAGAAGAGUUUGUUUCGAUGGGGGUGUUCCGACUGUCUGGUUGGAGAGGCUUUGUCUGCUGUCUGCUGGACGGAUCCGCGUCUUCAAUGAUGGAGUCCGCUUCCGAGAGGCAGAGAAGCCUAGGGCCAGAACUCUCAACGGCGAAGCUGGUGACUUGAUGUCAGCAAGGACUGAUCUGCACUCUGCAAGUACUGUAGAAAGACCAGCAAACGUAGUGCCUACAAGUCUCGGGUUCCAGUUAUUGGUCGAGCCUGCGGUUAGAUUUGACUGA